GCUGAGGCUGAGGCGGCGGCGGCGCUGGUGACGCGUUUCCCUGGAGACGGCGAUGCUCCCCUGCGCGGGGCCCGGCGGCGGCGGCGGGGGCGGCGGCGGCGGCCUGGGGUCGGCGUGGCGUCUGAGCCGGGCGAGGCCCCGCGGGGGGCCAUGGCCAGAGAGGAGCCCGAGGGGGGCGGCGGCGGCGGGGGCGCUGAGGCGGAGGAGCGGCCUGGGCGUGAGGCGGCGGCGGGGGGCGCCUGCCCGCCCUCUUCCCCUCCUCCGCCUCCUCCUCCUCCGGGCGAGGGCCUGCGCUUCGGCCUGGUCCCGGCGGAGCUGCACGCGCGGCUGCUGGACCAGCGGGACUACCGGGGCCGCGUGGGGGCGAUGGGGCAGCUGAAGCGGGUGCUGGGCGAGGCGCCGGCCGCCUCCCUGGCCUGCCUGCCGGCGCCCAGCCUGCUGGGCCUGCUGAGCCUGCUGCGCGCGCUGCUGGACGACUCCAACUUCAAGGUGGCGCUGGGCGCGCUGGAGGCGCUGCGGCUGCUGGCGGCGCGCCUGGGCCCGGCGGCGGGGUCGCGCGCGCGCCUGGAGCCGCUGGUCUCGGCGGCGGCCAAGGUGCUGGGCGACGCCAAGCUGGCCGUGCGGCAGGAGUACCGCCAGCUCUUCCUGGCGCUGAUGCGCGCGGCCGGGCCGCAGCCCGUGCUGGACCUGCUGCUGCGCCCCGAGCACCUGCGCCACCGCAACGCGCGCGUCCGCGAGGUGGUGCUGGCCAUCUCGGUGGCGGCGCUGCUCACCUUCCCCUCCGAGGACUUCCAGCUGCCGGCCCUGGCCGCCGCCCUGGCCCCCGCGCUGGCCGACGCCAAGCGCCGCGUGCGCCACGCCGCCCUGGAGGCCUUCGCCGUCCUGGCCUCGGCGCUGGGCCCCGCGCGCGCCGGGACCCUCCUGGAGGCCGUCGACGCCGUCGAGCUGCGCGGCGAGGGCCAGGGCGUGCUGGGCGCCGUGCAGGCGCGCCUGGCCCGCAAGACGCUGCCCCGCCUCACCGAGAACUGGUUCGUCGAGUACGCCGUGCCGCUGCCCGACUCGCCCCACGCCGGGCCCUGGCCCCGCGGCGCAGACACCGACUGGCUCCUGGAGGGCAACCGCAUCCAGAGCGCGCACAGCGGGUCCGCCAACGCCGGCCUCGCGCCCUUCGCCGAGCAGGGCGGCUGCCCCCGGAGGGUCCUCAGCGCCGGCAAGGGGAAGCUGCCCUGGGAGAGCGACAGGCCCCCCGCCGCCCCCGCCGGGCGAGGAUGCUGCUUCGCCAAGGCCAGCGACGCUGCCCCGCUCUCACCAUCCAGCGAUUUCCUGCAGUCUCCAAAACUGAGGCCUUCGCAAGGUGUGAUGGCCUCUCAUCAGCCUCAUAUUCCAGGAAAAUGCGGGCUGCUUGGUUUCUCUCACACUCGCGGGAAGAGCGGCAGUGUGGAUUCUGAUCUGCAGUUUCUAGGACUGAGCAACCCCUGGCAAGAUAAAGUGUGUGCCAGCCUCAGUUUCACCAGCAAGCCUCAGCGGACCUUCUGCAGCCCCCCUGAGCAUGCACCGCCUCUCCUGGGCUCCCACCCCAGCCAAGGAGCUUUCAUCCUUCCAUCCUACCCAUUCUCAUCGCCCAGGCACAGUCCAAAGCACACCUCCCCUCCUGCGGACUCGCUCAAGAAGUCGCAAGACUUCUCUAACUCCUGGCCUCUGAAGAGUUUCGAAGGGCUUCCGAAACCUAGUCAUCAGAAGACGUUUUCCAGCCCGAUGGCAGGAGAGGACGCAGAGGCAAAGCCACAGGAUACGCCUCCCAUUCAGCUGAAACCUGCCUUUGUGAGAUCGCCGGCUUCGCGGAGAGGCCUGAGUGGAACAAAACCAGUGCCUCCCAUCCCCAGGGGCCUUAGUCCCUUACCUGACAGAGUGGAAAUCAACGUAGUGGGACACAAGAAGGGGGACCCAGAAGACAUCUGGCUGAAUGAGAGGGACAGGAAGCUGGCCAUCGAUCUUUCAGAGUUGAAUGUCAAUGAAAAGGAGCUGGAUGAGGAAGAGAUGCAGAGUUCUCUCCGCUCCUUACGUAACAGCGCCGCCAAAAAGAGAGCAAAGCUAAAUGGCAGCACUUCCGACCUUGAGAGCCCAGACUCUGUCCUGAAACUCGACCUGACCUCAGAGUCUCCUUCUUGCUUGUCGUCCCCAAGCACCAGCUCCUACAGCGAAAGCGGGGUGUAUAGCCAGGAGUCCGUGACAUCCCCGCUUUCGACAGCCCCUCAGGGAAUGAGAACAAUGUCGGACAUAUUCCCUCUCCUUGGAGGUAAUUCCCAGCCAAUGAAGCUCUCACCAACACGGAAUCGGGGUCCUAUAACUGUGGAACAGAGUCCCACCACAGGGAUCAUGUUUCAUGAGAAAGCAGCUUCCAGCGUGAGCAUCAGCGGCCAGCGCCUGAGCUACGGGAACGGAUCAGGAGAUUAUGAAGAGGACAGACAGAAAGUGGCAUCGCCCGCCACCCUUAAAGGGCAGAGUAAAGAGCACCAAAGGCACUGUAAACCCACCAAAGGGUUUACAGGGCCCACUUCGAGUUUACAGCAGCUAACUAGCCUAGACUUCAUUUCACCGAGUGCCUUGUCAGAAGACUCUGUAGUCAUUGUUGGAAAAGGAGUGUUUGGAAGCCCGCCUUCAGCUCCACUAAGUUACGGCCAGUCCCUGAUAUUCUCCAUGGAGAAUGGAGAUGCACCUUCGUUCAAGCAAAGCAUGGAGCCGCUUUCCGGGAUCUACGGGAGAGCCGUCCAGCAGCAGAACCCUGCACUUUAUUUUGAUGUGGAAAACGAAAGAGAUAUGAAAGUUGCCUUAUCCAAAUCUGCCCGGGAGAAGAUGAGACAGAAGAAGAGAGAAGAAAAAGAAUAUCAGGAAGUUAGAGAUCUUGAAAGAAAGGAAUCGCACACUUGGGAACUGCUUAAGCACAAUGAAUCGGAGAAGAAGACAACCGAAACCAGAAAUGCUGCUUUCAGUCCUCUGUUGAAGAGAAUGUCAAGUGUAAAAAGGGCACAGCCUUCGGUCUUGCUAGAAUCAGGUGAAGUCUCUCCAGGUCCGCGAAUGCAGUUGAGAGACCGGGUGCUGUCUGUCACGCACAGUCCAGAGAUAAUGGAACCCUCCGAACUGAGACCCUUCCCUAAACCUGAACUUGCUCUUUCGGAAGCCCUGCAUUAUCUUGCGGAAGACGACUGGGAGAAGAAGAUUGAAGGCCUGAACUGGAUCAGGUGCCUCUCUGCCUACCACCCUGAUGUCUUGACGGCAAAGCUGCAUGAAACCAGCCUGGCUGUUGUUCAGGAGGUGAAGAAUUUGCGUUCCGUUGUUUCCCGAGCUGCUGUGGUUUGCUUAGGGGACUUGUUCAACUACCUGAAAAAGAGCAUGGAUCAAGAACUGGAUAACACGGUGAAAGUCCUCUUGCACAAGGCUGGGGAACUGAACACCUUCAUUAGGGAGGAUGUGGACAAAGCCUUGAAGGCCAUGGUGAACAACGUGACACCAGCACGGGCGCUCUCGUCUCUGAUCAACGGAGGCCAAAGCCACUUGAACACAGCAGUGAGAAGAUGUGCGGCCCAGCACUUGUCAGAUGUGGUGGAGCACAUGGGGCCGGGCCGAGCGUUGUCGGGCAUUAAGGAUGUGACCGACAAGCUUCUGUCUGCAGUAGCCAAAUUUGUCCAAGACGGAUCACAAGAAACAAGGUACUAUGGACGGAAGAUGCUUUUCACUUUGAUGACACACGCAGACUUUGACAAGAUGCUUGAAAAGUAUGUGCUGCCAAAGGACUUGCCUUACGUGAAGGAGACUGUCAGCAGCCUGCGGCAGAAGGGUCUGGGAGAGAUGCCAAUAGUCACACCCUCGGCCAAGGGCGGAAGGAGGGGUCACACCAGCAACAUGGACAAUUCGAGAGCAGCCUCUGUGUCGCGAGAAGCGCUCAGUGCUGGCGACAGCAGAGAGAUUAGAGAAGUCCGCGAAAUGCCCCGGAAAUUAGCUCCCCGUAACGCCUUGGAAAGUGCCGAAUACGUGAAGGUCAUAACGACGCUACUGAACGCAAAAGAUUUCCGGGAUCGAAUUAAUGGAAUCAAGCAGCUGUUGGCAGACACAGAAAAUAACCAGGACCUUGUUGUUGCAAACAUUGUGAAGAUCUUCGAUGCCUUCAAGUCCCGCUUGCACGACUCCAACAGCAAAGUCAACCAGGUGGCCCUGGAGACGAUGCACCGCCUGAUUCCUCUGCUGAAAGAGAAGCUGUCCCCCAUUAUCAAUAUGCUGAUACCUGCCUUGGUGGACAACAACCUGAACUCCAAGAAUCCAGGCAUCUACGCCGCUGCCACAAACGUCAUCCAAGCCCUUUGUCAACACUUAGACAACUACCUGCUGCUUCAGCCGUUCUGCACAAAGGCCCAGUUUCUGAAUGGGAAAGCCAAGCAAGACAUCACGGAGAAGCUUGCAGAGCUGGUGGUGGAGCUGUAUCCUCGCAAGCCUCACGCCGUGGAGCAGAAGGUCCUGGUGGUCCUGUGGCACCUGCUGGGCAACAUGACCAACAGCGGCUCUUUGCCCGGAGCCGGCGGGAAUAUUCGGACAGCCACUGCUAAAUUGUCAAAAGCACUUUUUGCACAAAUGGGUCAGAACCUGCUGGUCCAAGCUUCGUCCCAGUCCCCCCACAUCAAAAGAACUCUGGAAGAAUUCCUUGACCAAGCUACCUGAAGCAGACUGAGCAGGUGCAGGUGUGUGCAUGAAUAAAUGCACCUACAUGGACAGUACGGUUCCUACAGGUUACUGAAAACUGACAGCAAACUCUUUUCCGUGGGGUCGAGUGGAGCAUCCCCCUCCCUCUCUCUCUCGCUGCAUUCCUUCACAGUGCCUGUGCUUUUCACGUGGAUUUGGAUAGACUGCUUUUAAUUCCUGGGUUUUCCUUCCCCCUGGUACACGUCCCAGGCCGAAACCAAAAUCAGUAUGAUGCUUGGGAACUCUCCCCCCUCUGGUGCUGUCCCAAGAAUUCUGUGGAGUUGGGGAAUGGAUGUCUUGCGAAAGCAAAAGUCAGCUCUGCUUCUUUGCACUCUUCUGUAGACUCAGUGGGACAAUGCCCUGUGUGCGCGCUAACGAAGAUGAGAUUUUAAAAAUAGGAAUAGUUCUAAUCAUGAAAUCAUGUUAUGACAUGUCUUCUCAUGUAGCCUUAAGAGGGAGGGGGGAAAAACUUUUGAGAGGCACAUUCAUAAAGAACAGGGUUCUGUGUGAUAUUUGUGGAAAAAAAUGUAUUUUUAAAAUCAGUCCCAGUCAUGAUUGUGCAGUGUUCGCUCGCUUUUGCUGCUGCUGUUGAUGUAUGACAUCUGCUUGACAGUUGGGCAUCAUUAUCUGCACACUCUUGUAAAACUUUUAACAGGUUAUAAUGAAGCAUGUUGACCAAAAUUUAUAGAAAACAAAUAAUUUUUACAUAUUUUGAACAACACAUGUCUUAAAAGAAAUGUCACGUGUUGAAUAUAGCUUCCAUAUUUUAGUGUGAAAAAAUAAUACUGAAUUUAUCUCUGUCCAGAAUUUAUAAAGGUGUUAAGUUUUCUGCCCUGCUGUGCAAUCCUCAGCGAUCUAGUGCCAGUUGUUCCUUCUGCUCUCGAAAUUUUACCAUCUACAAGUACUGUAUUCAUUUGAAACACAAAAUGUUAUUAAAAAAAUAAAUGGAUUUAUUUCUGUAAAAAUGA